AUGCCAUGGUCAUCUCGACAAAUGCGUGCCAAGACCUAUCUCCAGGCCACUCCGAGGUUCCCACCGUUUUUAGAAAAGUACGGCAACUACCUGAAGGCCGUCGAGUUGCAAAGAUUUUUGGUGAGAGGGGACGAUUCUUUGAUGAUGAAUGAGGUUACGACGAUUCUACAAAAGUGCGCUAAUCUCUUGGAAUUUGCGUUUUUACCAUACAAGGCAACCUUCUGGGAAGAUCAACAGGUGGGAAUUUUCCCUCAUCCCUUUUCUGCAAGCGAUGCGGUGGACGCCGACUUUACCUGCGAACGACUUCUCGGCGAAUUUGCAACCUCUCAAGGUCACCACGUUAGUGUUGCAAAUUUGUCAUCCCCGACAUCUCGCAGUGGUCAUUGCAUCCUCGCCAAGUCUGCGAAAUCUGACCUUCCUCGCCCCCAAAGCAGAAACGCGGACGGAUGCGGAAGUUUUGGCAAACUGGGAAGACUUCCAAGAUGUGGUGGGGGGCAUGAAUCAGAUUACAACCUUGGCUCUUCUCUCCAGGAUUGGGAUCUCAUCCCCAACGUUGAAAUGGAAAAUUUGAGAACGGUCAAACUUUUCGUGCGAGGAAUCUCCAACGUCCCCACAGUCUCAGAGGAUCACUUACACCACGUGUAUCCUCAAGUGACCACGGGCCAGAUUUAUUUGCGUCUGCCACGCCAGAAUUUGAGAGAGAACGUUGCCAUCAACCGUUUCUUCAAUCCACGACCACCGUCCUUCUUCAUUACCACGACGAACUUCCAGUGGUCAGAGCCGGGCGUUAUGAAUCGUUAGAAAACGCAGUUGAAUUGUCCAAAAAUAUGAGUUUAUCCCAAAAAAGAACACCUCGGUGGAAGGAAGCGUCGCCUUCUUCAACCCCACGGACUGUCUCGUCAAUGAGAAUGUCACAAACCUGCAAAUCUUCCACGUGCAAAUGAUCGCAUUUAACCGACCGAAAAUCGACUGGAUACCACUCACAAAUUUCCCAAAGGUUUUUUUUCCAAAAGUGAAGAUUAAUAAGAACGAGUGUUCAACAAUAUUGUAUGCAAAUGUAAUGUGUAUCAAUUCUUUCAUCGUUUCCCAUCCAAAUAUGAUUAAAAUGGGAGGCAAAUGUUUAUGACACGCGUUAAAAAGGGGGUGCAACGUGUUUG